UCCGUCACAUUAGGCAAUUCCUUGACUGUUUCAAUUUGCGAGGGUUUGCAACGUUUACGCAAAGUAUUAAUUAAAUUGACUUAAAUAGCACAAGAAUCUAUUAGUAACGCGUUCAAAGACAGCCUAUAACGUGACAUACUUGCGAUGCGGAGCUGUUCCUUGACUUUCGGGCAACUCGGGGGACAUGGGCUCUUUGCAGGAUUACAGGACAUUUAGAAUCGAUGUAUAACACUUCGUGCUUCUGCAGAUUACAUAUUUAUAUGUGAGGCGCAUUCAUUAUUUCCCCGAUUUCGCGAAAUUAGCGAAACGCGACCUAAAGGAUUUUUAUUAUUUACGGCCUUAACAUUGUCAAUAUCUCUCGUCGAGGUUGACAGGCAAAUUUCCUACACGCCAUGCACGUUUAAAGCUCGCGGUGCAAUAAACCGACUCGCAUCUGUAUUCGCUUCGUAAAUUCACAGACUUCUUGACGUGCAAACAAAAUGACGGACUCGUCCGAAAGCGUCCCGGAUUACUUGGACAAAAAUGUAUUCCCGACUUUAUUAGGCGCAAUGGAGGAAAUGUUACUCGAAGCCGAUCGCCGAAAUGCAUUACAAACACCUAAAUGCUCCUUCAACGGACUGGACCAUCUCGCAGAGAUACUUUGGAACCGAAACUCGCGGCACCCGAGCAGAUCGUACGCUUGGCGGGACGUGUUCGACAUACCACAGUUUAAGCUAUGGCUAAAGUCGCACCCCAGGCCAAUCUAUCCGAAAUCGUGGCUGUGGACCAAGGAGGAGGCCGCCCUGCGCAUACAGAGACACGUUCGCGGGUGGCUCGUUAGAAAAAGAUGGGACGUCGAGGAGAUGCGUCAGUUUUGGAAGGUACUGGUACGAUCGAGGAAUUGCAACACGAAUAAUGGCUCUCGUACAAAUUGCAGGUCGUUCGCGCGGAGAAAACGGAUGUUCACGCUCCUGAACUCGAGUCCAACGGCGCGGAGCUUUGAAAGUCAGACGGUUUCUCUCGCACGUCUCUCUCUCUCUCUCUCUCUCUAAAAUAAUUUAUUGCAUC